AUGGAGGGUCAGCCAGGUGCAGCCGCAGAAGACACCGCGAAUGCUAUAAUUGCCACAUUGAAUGCGUUAAGGGCUUCCGUAGAAGAGCUUAGACAAAGCACUGCGGAGAGUCAAAGAGACAUCAUUAGGCUUCGCGAAGGCAUGCAACCACAGAAUGUUCCAGAACAGAGCGUGCAGCCAGCACAGCGUGACAAUACUCAAGCCGUCGUAUCACCGAUCGACUCGCAAAUAAAACUUUACGAUUUGCCUGUGUUCAGCGGCAAUGUCGAAGACUGGCCGCUAUUUUUCGCGAAUUUCAACGACACCACGGAAAACUUUGGAUACAGCCACCGCCAAAACCUUAUGAGGUUGCAGAAGUGCUUAGUUGGUCCCGCCAAAGAAGCUGUCGCCGCCAUGCUAAUUUACCCGAGCAACGUGCCGAACGUCAUAAGCGAGUUGGAGUUCAGGUUCGGGCGACCCGACAUUUUGGUUAAAUUCCAAAUCAGCAAACUGCAGAAUUUCCCGCCAAUAGCCGAUAAUAAGCCGGAGCAGAUUGUACCGUUUUCCUCAAGAGUGAGAAAUGUUGUUGCAUUUCUGAAGUCUGCAAAUUGCCAGCAGCACUUAGCUAACGUAACAUUGUUAGAGCAAAUGGUGGGUAAGUUACCGCAUACCCGACAGUUCGACUGGGCGAAGCAUGCUGCGACUAUACAACCGUAUCCAUCAGUUGAACAUUUUUCUGAGUGGCUUAGCGAGUUGGCUAGAAUAAUUUGUCUUAUGCCGACAAACAACACACAGGGUGGCCGGCAGACUGCAUCGUCGGGCAAUCAUCGUCGGCUGAUGCAUAUUGAGCGGCCAAGGGACUCACUUGCUUGCUAUCAGUGUAGUGGUAACCACAUGCUUGCACAGUGUGAAUCGUUUAAGGCAAGCAGUAUUCAAGAGCGGUGGGACCUAGUUAAGGCGCAACAGCUUUGCUUUUCGUGCCUACGCAAGGGGCAUUCCACGCAAAAGUGUCGUUCAAGAAGGAGGUGUAACAUAAGGGGCUGCCAGCGCUAUCACAACCAGCUACUCCACAACGAAGAUGCAACAAUGCAGAUGCUACGCCGAACUACACCAGAGGACGUCAUUGCGCAGCCACUACUGAAUUGUCAAGUAACACAAAGCGCACAUGGUCAACUGUUUAAAAUAUUGCCAGUCAACAUAUAUGGACCGAAAGGUAAGCGUGAGAUAUUAGCGAUGUUCGACGAGGGUUCGUCAAUUUCAAUAAUGGAAGAGGAAGUGGCCAAGAUGAUCGGAGCCCAGGGUGGCUUGCAUCCACUUACGCUGCAGUGGUAUGACAACAACGUUGUUACGGAACAAUCGCAUAAAAUCAGCAUCGAAGUUGAGAACUGCGCAACGAAGAGGAAGUUUCUACUGAGGGAGGUAUAUACGGUGAAGAACCUGAACCUGCCGGAGCAAUCUAUGGCCAAGGAAAAUUUUCAGCAUUUGAGAGAUUUGCCGAUAAAAAACUACUGUCGCGCGAAACCAGCUUUGCUCAUCGGGCUAAAGCAUGCAUACCUGGGUGCGACCUCAGCAACAGUGCAAGCCGAUAUCGACAGCCCGCUAGCUGUAAAAACGCCACUAGGCUGGGUCGCGUACGGCCCAACCAAGCUACCUACAACCUUGAACCCCCGUGUUUUGUUGGUGAAAGAAUAUCAGCAACUGCACGACUUAGUACACGAGUACUUCACAGCAGACAGCUUUAGAGUCAACCCGCCAGCAGUGCCAUUGGAGUCAGAUGAAGACCAGCGAGCACGUGAGAUAUUGCGCCGAACAACAAGACGAGUAGGUAAGCAAUAUGAAACCGGUUUACUGUGGAGAACAUAUCCACCGAAGUUGCCAAACAGCAAAACAAUGGCCGAGAAACGCUUACUGACAGUGGAGCGCCAAAUGAAGAACGAUGCCGAGUUUGGUGCACGAUACCGACAGGAAAUGGCUAAGUACGUGAGCAAAGGGUAUGCCAGAAAGUUAAGCCGUGACGAAGCCGGAGAGCCACAUCAAAAUGCUUGGUACUUACCUCACUUCGCUGUAUUCAACCGACAUAAGCCCGAAAAGACGCGAAUCGUCUUUGAUGCCGCAGCCGCAGUAAGCAACGUGUCACUCAACUCGCAACUAAUGAAGGGUCCGGAGCAAGCACAGCCGUUGAUACGGAUUUUGCUACAAUUUCGCCAGGGACGUGUCGCAGUGUCAGCAGACAUACGCGAAAUGUUUUCGCGGAUCAAGAUACGCGCAGCUGAUCAGCACGCUCAACGGUACUUGUGGCGUGAUGGUGAUGCGAGCAAGCCUGUGGCAGAGUAUGUGAUGACGUCGCUAAUUUUUGGUGCUGUUUGCUCACCCUGCAUCGCCGAAUAUAUAAAAAAUAAAAACGCCGAGGAGUAUCGGGCACAGUUUCCAGACGCCGCAACGACUAUAAUUAACAAGCAUUAUGUCGAUGAUUUAGUUGCAAGCUUCGACACGCCUGAACAAGCCAUCAGUAUCUGCAGCGACAUUGUUAGCAUCAAUUCACAAGCAGGGUUCGAGUUACGUAACUUCGUCUCCAACUGCGAAGAAGUAGAAGAUCGUUUGAAUCAUUCGUCAUUAUCCGCGAGAGAAGUGGUUAGUCUGGAACGCAACGAGUCAGUGGACAAAGUGCUUGGCCUCUUCUGGAACACUAGCGAUGAUGUUUUCGAAUUCCACACGAAGUUCCACCGUUUGCCGAAAGAUGUCCUGCACGGAACGCGAGCUCCGACAAAGCGAGAGUUGUUACGAAUCGUGAUGUCGGUGUUCGAUCCAUUUGGCGUUGACUUGUUUGGCCCUUUUAAUGUCACCAUCGGAAGGCGCAAGGAGAAAAGGUGGGGCGUUAUAUUCACCUGCCUGACAGUUCGAGCUGCACACAUCGAGCUAGCUGCUAACCUGAGUACCGAUGCGUUCAUUUUAUGCCUACGGAAUUUUGUAAACCGACGUGGAACGCCAUCCAGAAUAAGGAGCGAUAAUGGAACGAAUUUUAUUGGCGCACAAAGGGAGUUGAGAGCAGCUGAGCAGUUGUUAGACACAGACCGCAUUCAAGAUGAGGCUAGCAGACACAACAUCGAGUGGAUAUUUAACUGUCCGCUGAACCCCAGUUCGGGUGGCUGCUGGGAGCGUUUGAUAAGGAUUAUAAAGUCGCUGUUAAACAAGACGUUGCGUGAGGUAGCUCCAAGACCCGACACUCUGCACAGCGUAUUAAUAGAAGCGGAGAAUAUCAUCAACUCCCGACCGCUAACUGACCUGCCCAUAAGCCAUGAAGAAGAUGAGCCGCUAACACCCAAUCACUUCUUGUUGGGAUGCGUAAAUUCAACGCAGACGCCGCACCCAGUUGACGAGAAGGUUUGCCUAAGGAAGCAGUGGAGAAUCGCGCAGAACCUUAAGGAUCGGUUAUGGAAGCGAUGGACAACCGAGUACCUGCCUCAGCUACUAUGCCGCACCAAAUGGCAGGACAAAGCAAUACCGCUUCAAGCUAACGACCUGGUGAUAUUAUGCGACUCAACGCUGCCCCGCAGUCAGUGGUUACGCGGCCGCAUAACUCAAGUUUUUCCAGCCAAAGACGGACAAGUACGUGUCGUGGAGGUACGAACGAAGGGCGGACUUCUACGCAGACCAGUUUCGCGUUUAGCAAAGCUAGUGGUUGGUGGUGAAUCCUGUGAGGAUUCACGGGGGGCGGGAU